ACUCUAGGGGGGGGGGGAGAGUGGUUACUUUAGUCUUUAUGUUAUAAUUUUAGCUAAAACACAAUUUAGAAACUAGGGAAAUUUCUUGAGGUACCCUUGAGGUUUGGCUUAAUUCUCAAAUUACACUUAUUGAAUUUUGAAGUUCAAAGUUUAAGUGUCAAGGGUAACUUAGGAAAUUAAUGCACUUGAAUUUCGGUAUAUGAUAAGAGUAUUUUGAGCCAAAACACAAAGUCAGGGUUAUUUGAGGAAUUUUCCAAAUGUGAAGGGUAAUUUGAGAAUUACGUCAAACCUCUAGAGUACAUGAGGAAAUUUCCCUAAAAACUAACAUCGUAUUUUCUUAUGUGGUUGAGGUUUACAUGAUAGUUUAAGAGGGAGAAAUAAGAAUAUCAAGAUCUUGUUAGAACAAUGUGUAUGAAGAAUGUAGCAAUCGAAUAAUUUCUUUGAAGGCUAGUGUAUGAAGUAUGAACGUUUUCCUAAUACUAAAUUCUUGACUCUUUUGAAACAAUGAAGUUGCAUAAUAAUACUAUUUAGAGUUUAGACACAUGGAAGUCUUUUUGAUUUUGCUUGUUCGAGAGAAACAAUCUACAAGAGUUUGUGUGUUUAGGUUUACCAAUCAUUCAAGAACAAAAGGUUGCAGAUGUAGCGAAUUGGAAAGCUUAAUUAUAUUUCAUUGUAUCAAUUACAUUAUAUAGCUAUAAUAGUAACAACUAACCAUAGCUUAAUUCUAGGAAUUAGGGAUAAACUUUGACUAAUGAUUAGGGAUAUACAUUUACUACAACUUAAAUAUAAGGGAUUACAAUAACUAUUGACUAACAUAUACCACAUAUAUCUUCUACACGCCCCUGCAAGACACAUGACCGGGACGAAAUCUUGGACAAAAGUAUAGGAGGUAACAAGCACCAUAUGUAGGAGAAGCUGUCGGAGCUCUAGCACGAGGUUGAGCGACGACGAAUAUGAUCAAUAUAGUGUGCUCAUGUCAGGGUUGGCUAAGUGCUAUUGUUAGUGGAAGAGAAUUUUCUUUUUAAUAUUAAAGGAGGGUGACAAAGAGGGGAUAGGAGAUGUUGAGUGUUUAGGUUUUCUGGAAAGAGAACAAGAGGUAGAUCAUUAGAUAGUGUACAGGAUAUUUGGGGUUUUGCCGUUUUGGCCUUUCGAGUUAGAAGCCACCAGAUUCAAUACCCGAGAGAGGAGGGAUAGAAGACCAGAAAUGCUAAAUCUCUUCCCCUGGAGUUUUAGGGGGGAGAAAAGAAAAAGAGAGGAUAGUGUUUGCAUGGCAGCAUGGAGGCAACAAGUUUGGAGGAAGGAGUUUCAUGUUCGGCAAUGCUCUUGGUAGUCAAACUACGGGGGUGCCGAAGGAGUUAAGUCAGAUUAUUGUCGGGGUUGAAGUUUUCCCGAUUUUAGAGGAGGGAGGUGUAGUAUGGAGGGUUUCCAUGUUCACCAUUGGCGGAGAGGAUAAGAAACUGUUGACACUUCGAGAGAGGAUUAAAAUUGCAGUCAUUGAAGAAGGGAUAGUGCAUCGUGUAGCCAUUAAAGAAUUAGAAGGGGAAGCAUGGAGAGGAAGGAGAACAGUUGGUGUGGUCAACAUCAUUUGUCGACACGGGCAAGGAUUUUGAUGGUGUACGUAGCCAUUAAAGAAUAGGAGUAAGCAAAAGACAGAAUAGAGGGAAGAGGGGAUUGCUGAAGCGGAAAUAUAUUAAGGCUCACGAUACCAUGUAGAGAGUUGGAAACCUUAAUUAUAUUUCAUUAUAUCAAUUACAUUAUAUAGCUAUAAUAGUAACAACUAACCAUAGCUUAAUUCUAGGAAUUAGGGAUAUACCUUGACUAACAAUUAGGGAUAUACUUUGACUAACAAUUAGGGAUAUACGUAACUAACAACCUAAAUAUAAAGGAUUAAAAUAACUACAAUCUUGACAAAGAUAUACUAUGGUCCUAUUUAGUACUAGCGUUUGAGGUAGCGGUUAGCGGUUGGACAAGAUUGAAACGCUACUUAAGAAAAUUAUGAAUGUUUGGUAAGGUAGUGGUUGUAGUAGCGGGUAGCAGUUGGAGUAGAUUAUGAGUAGCGGUUGUGGAACGUUACUACAAGUAACGUUUGAGAUUUAGAGGUAGCGGUCUAGCAAAUAAACACUAUAUAAUACAUAAGGUAGAAUUAUUAACCAAUGUUUUUUUUUUUUUUUUUCCUUUUACUGUUUAUUAAUUGUUUUAUUUUAUGGCAAUUCAAUGUUUGUUUUAUAAUAGCAGAGAUGUAAUUUAAAUAUUCAUUUUAAAAAUGAUAUGUUUUACAAGUAUUUUAGUUAAAACUGGUAAUAUAAAUUUUUUGAGAGUUGAAUAUUUUCUUAGAUUUAUACAUUUCUUUGAGCAGUUAAAAAGUCGUAUACUUCUUUUUGUGUAACUUCUUAGAAAAAAUAAAUAUUGAACGAACAUAUGAAAUUGUUUUAGUUCAUAUCAUAUUAGAAUAAAUGUCAUUUAUUGUCUUUUACAAUUCCAACAGCUACUUUUGCCAAACACUUCUAAUUAAACAACUAAUUUAAUCGCUGAUCGCUGACAGCUACUAGUAGACAACUAGCAGCUACCCCCAACAGCUACAGCUACUACAACCGCUAACAGCUACCAGAACCGCUAGUUUUGCCAAACGUGCCCAUAACAUCUUCUACAGUAGAUUGUUUGAAGAGUAUACAAGAUGAUGCAUAUUUUCCACACCCUUCACAUAUGCUGCAUAGUUUCUAUUUAUAGAAAAUUGAGUAAAGGGUUGUGUCGCUUCGUUGAAUUGAAGGAUUUAUCCAUGGAUGUCACUAAAUUGUCCUUUAUAACUUUUCUAUUAUUUCUAAAGAAAUAAUAAUGCAAAUAUGUACUAACUGAAGGAUUUAUUUGUUAAUGUCACUAAAUUGUCCUUGAGUACUUUACCAUUAUUUCUAAAGAAACAAUAAUGCAAAACAUGUACAGAACUUGGAGUCAUUUCAUUGUUUCAAAGUUUCACCAUCGUGCAAAAAGUUGCACAAUCGAGCAGCCCUUUGGGAACUUUCAUGGCAAACAUAGGGAAAACUUCUUAGCCAAAUCUGCACUGUUUGCAUAACCAUGGAAAUUUGCACUACCUGUAGUUCAAAUCCAAGAAACUCGUCUUUUUUUUUUUCUAUGACAUUUCUUGUUAAUACACGUUUUCUUGUACUUCUGAACUCGAAAAAUUCUUGUGCAAGAAAAAGAACUCCAAAUAUUUGAAUACAGAGAAGAGGUAUACAAUGAAUAUCCAACAAGUCUUAGUUGUAGAUGAAGAUUGACCGAAUUCCAAUGUAGGGGGAUCUAUAAUACCUUUUUUUCAUCUAUUGAUGAAAGUAAAGACAUAAACUAUUUGGUGUAUUCAAUUUGAAGAGUGCAUCUACAAAAUUUUGCACAUAAGACACGUAGUAUGAUGACAUAGUAUGAUAGAGAAGUACAUGAAUGAUACUUGUAUGUAGUACAAGAAACAAUAUGGAUGGGUAGUGUGAUCAUCAAUUGCGUAUAAUCAGGACCUUGUUUACUUGAUUCAAAGGAUUGUAUGCAUUCACGAGUAGCAUGGGAUUGUGAAAUGUAUUUCUGUUGGCCCACAAGGUAUUAUGGGUUGAAGGGAGGUAGAUUUACAGUGGAAUUUUAGAAUUAGCCUUCCAAUUAGUCUAAUUUUGAGGGUAAGAGCAUUUACAUCUUCUCAGACCCUGCAAGUGCAGGAAUUAUAUGAGACAAUAAUAUGAUCGCAUAUAGCAAUGCGUGCUUUGUGAAUAUGAGAUUGGACUUCAACAUUUCUUGUGAAACACUUCUGAGUAAAAACUUGCUUAGUCCAUCUGAGUGACUUUGAUCUAUCAUCUAUCAUCUAUCAUCUAUCAUCUAUCAUCUUGAAUCAUAGAAGACAGAAGUUUUUGAUUUGGGUUGUGCGAUUGAUGCACAAUGAUCAAAAUAGCGUAUCUAUCAUUUUAUUGCUAUAUUUUUAAUUGGAAGUUCGAGUUAGCUAUUAGUAGAAGGUUAUUCUCCCCGAGUCCUAGAUUAACAUAAUCAUACCUGCAUUUGACUCUUUAGGUCAAAGUGAAAAUCUUUUGGUUAUAUUUUUUUCUUAAAUUUGGUGUAUUAUUGAGAUACCACCACUCAUGGAGAUAACAGGAGAUUAGUAUGUAAUUUGUGUACUACUGCCUCUAUGAGCUAUGGCCCUAUUCCAUAUGAUAUAAGUCCUGGUUUAUUCGUUGAAGUGUUCAAAACAGCUGCUUCUCUUUCACCACAUAUUAUCAUAAAUUAUAUUCUUUUCGUCUGCCCAAGGCAAUGUUAAAUCAAGUGGUAUCCAGUCAUUUGGUUGACUUAACAGAGGUGUCUGUACAUCUCUGGAAGUAGAAGAUUGUAAAGUUUUAUAAUUGAUUGGAACACAAGUUGUCGGUAAUCGGGGAUAGAAUGGGCGGAGUUGCAUACCUAGCUCCUCUAAGUGGAACUUUAUGGUAGUCAACUUACCAGAUUUAGGUACUUUCUAGGAACAGCACUUCGUGGGACUUACAAUAUCUCAUUUUCUUGGGAUUCAUCUUACUGUCAUUCACUUAGUUAAAACAAAAAGGGGUACAAGUUUGGUUUGAACAGUAUCCUUCUGUUUGAGGGCAUUUGCUGUAGUUUCAGCAUUAUGGCAAACCCAUGAUGAAUUUAUGAAUUGAUUUUUGCCUAUUUUUACAUUUAAAUGGGAUUUAGAUUGCAUAUAGUAAGUGCAAGUGGAAAGGCAUUGGAUUUUUGGCACCCGCUUUCCCCCUUUUGCAAACCCUGCUACCCUAGUUCUUUUUUUUAUUUGAUUUAAAAUUUUUACGGGGGUGUGGGUAUUUUAUCAGUAUUUCAUUAAUAAGGAUUUUCUUAGUUUGCCUGAAAUUAAGUCAUUUGAAGGGGAGGUGAACCCACUGUUAGUUGUUCUAUGAACUUUUCAUGGUUGCUAGUUGUUAUAUCUUUGAAGCUCUAGAACAGAAAACAUGGGACACAUCAGCACUAGCUGAAUUAUUUUAUCCAUGAAUAAGGGAUCAAAGUGAUUUUCUUCCAUCUUUAAAACUAAGGCGAAAAAAAGGCAAAUGUCUUUCUGAUAAAUCUCCUGAAACAUUUGGCACUAGAUGUGUUCAUUUUGGCAAUUUGGACUUUGUUGGUCUUCUAAUAACAACUUAAUUGCACCCUAUCUGAUUGGAUGGUUUAUUGAGCUGGUAGUUGACAGAUGUGUCUUCCUGAAACUCUCAGGAUAUGAUAUAAAUGAACUCCUACAAGCAGCUCAGACACGUUGGCUGAAACCCGUGGAAGUGCUUUUCAUUCUACAGAAUCAUGCAAAUUACCAGAUAACUCAGGAGGCUCCUCAAAAGCCACCUAGUGGUUCAGUAUUUCUUUUCAACAAGAGGGUUCUUAGGUUUUUCCGGAAAGAUGGCUAUAGUUGGCGAAAAAAGAAGGAUGGCAGGACUGUUGGAGAAGCACAUGAACGUCUCAAGGUUGGAAAUGCUGAAGCUUUGAAUUGCUAUUAUGCACAUGGAGAGGAGAAUCCAACUUUUCAAAGGCGAAGUUACUGGAUGUUAGACCGGGAGUAUGAGCACAUUGUUCUUGUCCAUUACAGAGAGAUCACUGAGGGGAAGCUUAGUUCUGGAUCCAUGGCAGAGUUGUCCUCUGGAACAUCAUCUUUAUUCAGUCAGAGCCCCAGCGCAUACACUAUUCAAAAGCCAGUAUCUUCGUGUUUGAGUGAUGUUCAUGAAUCAUACCAGAGUUAUUCGAGUCCUGGAUCUAUAGAAGUCAGCUCAGAUGCAACUAUGGGGACAGGGAUUGACUGCUUAAGUGGGUCAAAUCCAACUGUAAAUAUGAGUAUGUCGUCGGACUUUGAGGUUAGCCAGGCUUUACGGAGACUAGAGGUGCAACUGAGCUUGGAUGGUGACAGCGUCAAAGAAUAUGCUCCAGUUGAUGAUCAGGAUGGGAAUGAAGACCUAUAUGGAGUCCUGGAUGAUCUGUAUGACAGUAGAUAUGCUGAAGCGUUGUCCAAGUCAAAUGGUCCUUCACAACAAGAGUACUCAGGUGGUAAUGAAGUGCAUCAUGAUGUUACGCCGGGCAUGGUGCAGAGUAUUAAAAAUGGUGAAUCCUUAUGCUGGAAAGGUUUCCUUGAGUUGUCCAAGGAUUCCCUAAACUUGAAUGAAGAAGGAGAGAAGGCAUACAUCCUAAAUGAAAUUGAGAAAGAACCAUCAUCUUCUGGGAGAACAGCUGAGCCAGUGAACCAUCAACCUCAAGCUUUUGAAGCACAGAUUGCUGGAAAAUGGACUGAAGCAGCCAAGGAUAUGGAUAUGCUAACUUAUUCGCCUCAGAUAUAUUCUUCCGUCCCAGAGUUGUCGAACAUGCUGCUUGAUUCAAAUCUUGGAAUGUCUCUUGGCGCAGAUUCAAGCUUGACAGUUGCAAAGGAACAGAAAUUUACCAUAUGCGAAAUAUCUCCAGAAUGGGGAUUUGCAGAUGAUUCCACAAAGGUCGUUAUUAUUGGAUCUUUUCUCUGUGAUCCGUCAGAGUCUAGGUGGCUUUGCAUGUUUGGUGAUGUUGAAGUUCCUCUACAAAUUGUCCAGAAUGGCGUCCUUCUUUGCCAAGCUCCUCCUCAUCCAUCAGGAAAGGUGACACUGUGCAUAACUUCUGGGAAUCGAGAAUCCUGCAGUGAGAUUAGAGAAUUUGAGUAUCGUAAUAAGCAUAGAACUUGUAUCCAAUGUGAUAAACAUGGAGCAGAAACAACUAGAAGUACAGAGGAGAUGUUGUUACUCGUAAGAUUGGUGCAGAUGCUUCUUUCAGAUUCACUUCUCCGACAAGGAGAAGGCAAUGAGUUGGGUGCUGACAAACAAAAGAUUAAUUGUGAUUCAUGGAAUCAAAUUAUUGAAUCUCUCUUAGUUGGUGGUGCAACUUCAGUUGACACCCUUGACUGGUUGUUGCAACAACUUUUAAAGGAUAAGUUGCAGCUAUGGCUUUCCUCCAGACCCAUAGAAGGAGGAGGUGGAGACUGUUCCUUGUCCAGAAAGGAACAAGGAAUAAUUCACAUGGUUGCUGGGUUGGGAUACGAGUGGGCUUUGAACCCGAUUUUGGAAUGUGGAGUUGGUAUAAAUUUUCGUGAUAUUAAUGGCUGGACUGCCCUGCACUGGGCUGCAAGAUUUGGAAGAGAAAAAAUGGUUGCUUCUCUUAUUGCUCUGGGAGCAUCAGCUGGGGCAUUGACUGAUCCCAGUUCACAUGAUCCUACCGGUAGAAAUGCAGCAUACAUUGCUGCUACAAGUGGGCACAAGGGACUUGCUGGUUAUCUGUCAGAACUGGCGCUUACUAGUCAUCUCUCAUCCCUCACAUUGGAAGAAAGUGUACUCUCCAAAGGUUCUGCUGAUGUUGAGGCUGAAUUAACUAUUAAUAACAUUUCGAAGGAAAAUGUCAACUCAACAGAGGACCAACUUUCAUUAAAGCACACCUUGGCAGCAGUUAGGAAUGCAGCUCAGGCUGCUGCACGGAUUCAAUCAGCAUUUCGUGCCCAUUCUUUCAGAAAGAGGCGACAUAGGGGAACGACUAGCUUAAUGGCUAUCACUGACCUGGAUGAGUAUGGUUUCAGUGAAAAUGACAUUCAGGGCCUUUCAGCUGCAUCGAAAUUGGCAUUUCACAAUCUGCAUGAUCAUCAAAAAGCUGCAUUAUCUAUUCAGAAAAACUAUCGGGGUUGGAAAGGUCGAAAAGACUUCCUAACUUUGCGCCAGAAAGUAGUGAAGAUACAGGCUCACGUGAGAGGUUAUCAGGUUCGAAAGAAGUACAAGGUUAUUUGCUGGGCAGUUGGUAUUCUAGACAAGGUUGUACUGCGUUGGCGCCGUAAAGGAGUUGGUUUACGAGGAUUCAAACCUGAGUCAGAUCAUGUUGACGAAGAUGAAGAUGAUGACGAUGUCAUCAAGGUCUUCCGGAAAGAGAAAGUCAAUGUUGCUAUUGACGAGGCUGUCACAAGAGUGCUAUCCAUGGUUGAAUCCCCAGAAGCCCAACAGCAAUAUCAUCGCAUGCUUGGAAGAUUUCAAGAAGCUAAGGCUGAGCUGCAAGGCCUCACGAGUCCAGAGGCCUCAGGUUCCGAAGAUAGUCUUUUAAACAUGACUAAUGAUGAUAAGUUUGUUCAUUAGGUACGAAGAUGGUGUUUCCUUGAAAGUACUGAUCCUUCUUUGUCUAACUCAAGCUUGCUAGAUUGGUUUAAAUUCGGGCACUAUAUAGGUAUAUGAAAUAGAUAGCUGAUGUAUUGUGCUGUUUUUCUAGAUCGUUUACUAUUCAAUACCAAAUUUUAAUAUUGGAACAACUACCCGUUUUUAGUAGAUGGGUUACUACUGUAUAAGAUGUCCAUAUAUCUGAUGUAAAUGUAUGUAAAUAACAAUUGCUGGAUCCAAUAACAUUUAGUCAAGUGUCUUCUCACUUUCA